AUGGACAAUGUCGUACACUUGAGCAUAGGACAUGAACUGGAGAUGAAUGCAGACAAUGUUGGUGUGGAGGCUCUGAAGUGUGAAGCAAAAUUUGAACCAAAUGAUUGUGAAGAUAUCGGUGAGGAUACUCUGGAAGAAAAUAGUAUCUUUGACAACGUACAGUCUGCAGACUCAAAGGAUUUUGUAAUUACUGUCAAGGAGGAACAGACCGGAGACAUGACAAUUGAUCCUACUCCGAAGGCAUCUACGCAAGAUGAUCAGAGAAAUCCAGAAGAUUUAACCUCCAGCAACCUGAAGCAUCAU